AUAAAUAAUAAUGUUGAGCUCUGCUCUGAUUGGCUGUUUCUCAGUGCAGUUCAGUUCAGUAGCUCUAUGUGUAAGUAAACAGCCCUCAUGUUUGAGCAUGUAUCUGACAAAGAUGCAGAAUUUGAGGAAUAAUCCAUUGUUUGGAGAUUAGAAAAGUACGUUUUUGAGUGGUACGUUUGUGUUUUUAGCAUAAACCAUUUACUAGCAUAUAGCGCUAACUCAACAGUCACAAUUUUUUUAUUAGGCAUUGUAACAACAUUGUACUUAAUUUAAUAUAGAAUUUAAUGUUGGGGCGUACAUCACGACUGUAACGUCACAGUUGGUGUUAUGUUGAGAUUGGCCUGUGUUUGAGGCUCACGAUAUGUCAUUACCAUGUACAGAACUCUUAUUUUUCAUCUAUGCUAAUACAUUUUUACAUGCUAUGGCAGCUUUAAGGUUUAUUAUGUGAUCCUGGGUACAUAUUUUGACAUUUUUUCUAACAGUGUACAGAGGAUAUCUUGAUCUGUGCAAAUGUAUAUCUACUCUCAGAGAUUAAAGUUCAAGGCUGCUUAUAUAUACAGUAUGAACUAUUUCUAUAUAUGCAACUUUAUCUUUUUUUUACGAAUGCCAUUACAAAGCAUUUACAUUUUUUUCCAUGUGAAAAUUUUAAUGUUUUGCAGUACCCAAUUAUGCAGUUUAAAACGUUCGCCCCUAAUGGUUGCUUCAACCACCUUAUAUAGAUAAAGUCCCACCCAGCUGUAAUUGUCUCCACCUCAACUGAAUAUAAGCCAGACUCAUGUAAAGAUAUGGAGAACUUUAAGCUACAUUACCUGCGUGUUUAGUAUCGGCCUUGAUCUCCUCCAUCCGGACCUUUGAGAUAUUUUUUUACACCACUGAUAGAAUGACUAUCGUACGGUUGCUUGUGAGUCUCUUACUCUUUUGUUCAGUUGAAGCUGGGAAGCUGUUGGUUAUUCCUUCAGAUGGCAGCCAUUGGCUUGGAAUGAAGCCUAUUGUGGAAGAACUGGGGAGGAGAGGGAAUGAGGUGGUGGUGGUCAUCCCAGAAGCAAGUCUGAGUAUGGGUCCAUCAGAUCACACCACCACUCUUUCUUAUCAAGUGCCUUACACUAAAGCUGAACUAGAAGGGAACUUAGCGGCUGAUUUAAACAAUAUUCUGAGUAGGGAUGUGUCUACAGACCUGGCCAGAUUUCAGACAUUUGUCUUCACACUGGAUUUUCUACAAACAUUUACAGUGAGGAGCGCAGAGAGUCUGCUUUUCAACAAGGACCUGAUGAAGAAACUGAAAGACUACAACUUUGAUGCCAUUCUCACCGAUCCAUUUGAGCCUGUCGGAGUUAUUGUUGGUGAAUAUCUCUCCAUUCCAGCUAUUUACAUGCAAAUAAAUCAUCCAUGUGGGGUCGACACUCUUGCCGGUCAAUGCCCAAGUCCACCCUCCUUUGUUCCUAAACUUUUUACUCAAUUUACUGACCACAUGAGUUUUUGGCAAAGAAGUGUGAACCUGGUAAGGACUCUGCUGCAACCCAUGGCUUGUGAUUAUUUAUUUACUCAAGCAGAUGAGAUUGCCUCACGUUUACUUCAAAGAAAAUCAUCCAUUGUAGAAAUCAUGAGCCGUGCUGCUCUUUGGUUUAUGCGAUUCGACUUUGCCUUUGAAUUUUCACGGCCAGUGAUGCCCAACAUGAUCAUGAUUGGAGGGAUGGCAACCAAGAAAUUAAAACCUUUGUCACAAGUAAGCCAUCAUUGUAAAUUUUACAUGCUGUAGUUCCACUGCAGAAUUAUAAGUGCUGCAACUUUGACUUUGCCAUUACACAAUUGUUCCACGGUCAUUGCCAUUUAAAGCAAAU